AUGGUGAAGCCAAAGAUCGUUCUAUUCUAUUUAAAAAUUAUAUUUUUUAUUCUAUUUUUUAGUUAUAACAUAUUAAUUAAAAUCUUAAUUUUAUCUCUUUUUAUUCUUUUUGUGUCAUGUUAUGUAUUGGUAAUAUUAACUGUUUGUGUUUUUUGUAAUACUUUGAAUUGA